AUGGCGUAUUUGAUGUUUGCAGUAUGGAUCACUACUCUUAUUCUUCUUGAUGCAGCCAGAGGAAGGCAAGUUUGCUACAAAAGGCUUGGAUGCUUUACAGAUAGUCCCCCUUGGUCUGGGAUCCCAGGGAGACAGCUGGCAGGCUUGCCCAGCUCUCCCGAAGCUGUGAACACCAACUUCCUCCUUUACACUAGAGACAACAUCAGGAAAUAUCAAAAAAUUUCUGCUACAAAUCCUUCAACUAUCAAAGCUUCAAAUUUCCGAACACACAGGAAAACUCGCUUCAUUAUACAUGGCCAUCUUGCUGGAGCGGACCUCCCCUGGAUAACAAACAUAUGCAGGUUUAUGUUUCACACUGAAGACGUGAACUGCAUUUUGACCGACUGGAGAGGUGGCUCUAGUGGUUUGUACACCGAAGCAGUGAACAACGUCCGCGUUGUGGGGGCUGAGCUGGUAUAUCUGGUGAACCUUCUUGAGAAAGACUAUGGCUACUCUCCUGCCAACAUUCAUUUCAUCGGCCAUAGUCUUGGAGCACAUGCCGCAGGGGAGGCAGGGAGAAGGAAACCUGGCAUUGGAAGAAUAACAGGUUUGGAUCCAGCUGGGCCCCUUUUCCAGUAUACCCCCACAAUGGUUAGGCUGGAUCCUUCAGAUGCAAAAUUUGUUGAUAUAAUUCAUACUCACGCUGGUCAUCUUUUCUUUGACUUUGCUCCAGGGAUUCUUCAGACUUGUGGCCACCUGGAUUUUUACCCAAAUGGUGGGAAGAAGAUGCCAGGAUGCAAGCAGCUUCGUGUACCUCCUGCAGCUUGGAAUAUCAAUGACCUUAUGAGAGGUAAACAGAUUUUAAAGAAGUAA